CGAAAUUGCUGGUAGGCUGACGCAUCCGCUGCCAGAAUCCGGAGGUACAGCUUCACCCCACUCAAGCCUGAGCAGCCCGCCCGCCUACUGAAGACAACACGACAACUCUGGUCUUGGAUUUCCAAACAACGGUCUUGUUGACCGUAACCCUCCAUCAUGUCCCAAUCCCUCCGCCCCUAUCUCCAAUGCGUGCGCAGUAGUCUCACAGCUGCCCUCUGCCUGUCCAACUUCGCAUCCCAGACAUCCGAACGCCACAAUGUCCCCGAGAUCGAGGCCCAGACAUCGCCCGAGGUCCUGCUAAACCCUCUCGUGAUUGCACGCAACGAGAACGAGCGAGUCCUCAUCGAGCCCAGCGUCAACAGCGUGCGGAUAAGCAUCAAGAUCAAGCAGGCCGACGAGAUCGAGAACAUCCUGGUCCACAAGUUCACCCGCUUCUUGACCCAACGCGCAGAGGCUUUCUUCAUCCUCCGGCGGAAGCCCAUCAAGGGAUACGACAUCUCAUUCCUCAUCACCAACUUCCACACCGAGGAGAUGUUGAAGCACAAGCUCGUCGACUUUAUCAUUCAGUUCAUGGAGGAGGUGGACAAGGAGAUUUCCGAGAUGAAGCUAUUUUUGAACGCCCGGGCAAGAUUUGUGGCCGAGUCGUUCCUGACGCCCUUUGAUUAAAGACAACUUGGAGGCCCGACGGUAGUAAGAGGUCGGAAGCAAAAAUUUGACGGUAAACAUUUUCCGCAGGUGUUCAUGAGGAAUUCCACGAUAUAUGAGCGUUGCGGGCGUUUGGAACGAUACAAAACUUGAUGUGGCAUACGGAUGACCAAUCCUCCGGUUCCUCCCAGCGGUAUAGAAAUCAUGCAACCCCAUUAGUGCCUUUCACAAACCAUGAAACUGAAUAAGUUCAACAUGAGAAGCCAAAUUUGUGAUCUUAUUGAGACAGCCUCCUUAAGCUAGACUGAAUUCCAUCUUGACAAUCUAUCGGGUUACUCUGAUCGACUCUCAAGCAUAAACACCAAUACUACAUAAUAAUUGAAUUCUCAGCAGUACGGCCGUUGGAAAGAUUUCCCGAGAUGGAAACUAGCUCACGUCACCUAGAUGUAGUACAGCAGCUACGUAGGCCUAGC